UUCAUCCGAAAAGCAGAAGGGGGGCCGGUGCCCAGUGUAGUUUGUUGCAGGAGACUGGAGGGCACGGCAUCGGGGCACCAGGGAAGUCGCGCGAGGUCUACAUCCGCAAUCAUGAUUGAUCUGGGACUCGCUCGCGUGAGUCGGCUCGUCCAGCAUGUACCACAGACAUGGAAGGCGAUCCACGUUGCUGGAACGAACGGCAAGGGCUCCAUAUGCGCUUAUCUCUCGGCCAUGCUCACGGCCAGCGGCCUGUCAUGGGCGCGAUUCACGUCGCCGCACCUCAUCGACCGCUGGGACUGCAUCGCGGUCAACGGCAAGCCCGUCUCCGAAUCCGUGUUUCGGGAUGCUGAGAAUCUGGUCAAGCAGAGGGACCAGGAGGGCCGUGUCGGUGCGACCGAGUUUGAGCUUCUGACGGCGACUGCCUUUGAGAUUUUCCACCGCCAGAACGUCGAGUACGGAGUGGUCGAGGUUGGCUUGGGCGGCAGGCUGGACGCCACCAACGUGCUGAAGCAGAAGGCAGUUACUGUGAUUGCGAAGAUCGGACUCGACCACCAGGCGUUCCUUGGCAACACGAUCGAGGAGAUCGCCCUGCAGAAGGCGGGCAUCAUUCGCGCCGGAGUCCCGUGCGUGGUGGACGGCAGCAACCAGCCAUCGGUGCUGAGGGUGAUCGAGGAGCAUGCCCGGGAAGUCGGGGCGGAACUCCACUAUCCCGCAAUCGCAAGCGUUUCCGAGGCUCUGUCUGGCGAGGGGUUCGAGCCGCAUCAGGUGCAGAAUCUAGCAUGUGCGCAUGCGGCCUUCCGUCUGGCGUGUCCAGGGGAUGAUCGCCCGCUUGCCCACUUCCUUCCCAUGAUCAAGCAGAUGCAGUGGCCAGGGCGGCUGCAGAGACUUGACCUCCAGAAGAUCAUGGGUCGCCCGCAGGAAGCUCUUCUCGACGGAGCCCACAAUCCUCAGUCGGCUGAAGUAUUGGCCCAUUACGUUUCGAGACAUCUACGGUCAGGCGACCAGCCCGUUACCUGGGUCGUAGCAGCUACCCAAGGCAAGGAUAUGAAUGGAAUCUUCAGUCUCCUCCUCAAGCCCGACGACCGGGCUGCCGCGGUCAGGUUUGGGCCGGUUGACGGGAUGCCCUGGGUGAAGCCUGCGGACCCUGUUGGAUUACUCGAACUGGCUGCCCAGUACGGUGUCCAGGAACCGGCCAUGUAUGAUGCUGGGGACGAUAUUCGAGCGGCUUUGACUUGGGCAUCCCAGGUUGCGGGAGACGGGCCGCUGGUUAUUGCCGGGAGUCUCUACCUUGUUUCGAGCGUGCUGCGACUUCUGCGAGAAUCAUAAAGUGCCCAGUUGAAGCUGAGCCUUGAGUACCGCGCUUCCGCUGCAACGUCAGUCUCGAGACGACGUACCAGUCUCUUGCGCUCCGUGCUUGCAAACCGAGAACAUCUUAUACACCCCGGGCUUGACAUCACAUGAUGUGGGUCGUUAUUGGUUCAAAACAAGUGGUCAAUCCGUCAAUCCAUGUCUCAGC